AAAGGUUUGACCGGGGUUUCGUAUCGAUUUACCCACCAAAAGAAACUUUAAUAAAUGACUUAUUGCGGAUCAGUGAUGUAAAUGGAUCGCUAAUUCGUAAUGAGAAACAUGGAUUACCUUUUAAAACGUUACCAUUUACUUGUGUACCGUUUUCAUACGCAGAUGCUCACAUGUACGGGAAACAAGGCACAAUAUUGAUAAAAUAUUUCAAUAUUUAGGACUAAGAGCACAUUUAUAUUUUACUUUUUUUUUUCUUAUAAUAUUUUGUAAAAAUUCUGCAAAAUUUGUGUGAGAAACUAUAUGAUAGUGGAGGCGAUUUCUAUCAUUUCUUAUCGGAUUUGUGUCUAACUGUGCUACCAAGAUAAGAAAUCUAAUGUUUUAGAUGAAAUAAGUGUUUAUGAAAAAUUGUGUUAAAGAUGUGAAAUAAAAAUGAUCUUCAGUCCGACGUUAACUGCCUUAUGGUUCUGGAUAUUAUUUGAGGUGGCUCCUAAAUUUUGUGAGGGUGGAUGCACAUGGCCAACAACGUUCGUGAGUUCCACGUGGCGUGACAAUACACGGGGUGACAUCAUAUUUGGCACCGGUACGCUAACAGGAUGGUCCAUUACCGUACAAGGAACUACCGUGGAUCAGUGGGAGUGUCUUGAUCAAAGCUAUUUUGAUACAGAAGGCAUACUUAUAAUCAAGUCCACAGAAACAUUUGACUAUGUAGGAGGGACAUGGACAACAUUUAUUUGUUUUGAGAUGACAAUGAUCACCGAAGACUCGUACUACUAUUAUCAGAAACAUGAUCAAAUAGAUACCGGCGGGUACGAACGCGGCAAGUUUGAUACAGAUGGGACUAUUACUGGAAAGGCCAACAUCUGUGGGACAAACACCGUUCCUGCCGCUGAGUUCCAUUUUAUGGUCAAGUCAGGGUCUGAAAGUGCUUCAAAGCAGUAUUGUUCUCCUUCCCUACUUGCAAAGAUGGAUUACACCCACACGGACGACCAGGGAGCAGAAACUUGUCAAGAUACAACUGAUGACUGGGAUGUUUGUACGGACAGAACAAUGAUGACGUUUGAUUAUACGUCACCUGCGUGCAGCACUGAAAUGGCUUAUUCUAGUGGAGGACAGGUCUAUUGCAUGGUGAAUUUAACAUCAACGUACGAGUAUACGGUUGUUUACAAUGCCGACGCCUCUCCAACGUACAGAUUUGCUUGCAUUGUUUCUAACAGCGCGGGAACAGCUGCUUCCGUCGUGUACAAUAAUUGUACAAUAGGUCAGACUCCAACCUCGUAUGCCAAACUACAUGACGGGUCAGACAUCGGUUAUCUUGUAACUAUGACAGCCAAAGAAACCUGCCGUAAGUAGUUUGAACUUUCUGUAUGUAAUUCCGCAAGCAUGAGGUUUGUAUUUUCUUUAUGUAAUUCCGUAAGUAGUUCAUACUUUCUUUACGUAAUUAUCAUAGACAGGUUUUAAAGAUCGUUUUACUAUUAUUAAUCCCCAUGAAAACUGUGUUUUGAAACUUAAACUAGACAACAUAUUACACUCCUUAACAAAAUAUUAUUUAUGUAAUCAUUGAAAAUGCCGCCUACAACAAUGUUUGAAAAGAUAAUGUACUGUUCCCAUUAAAAAAGGCUCCGUAGCCUUCAAAUGGACAACGUUCUGCACUUACUGAAAUGACCCUGACCGCCAACCACCCCUACCCCGCAAGGAACUGGAGUCAUUGAAAAUGCUAUAACCUAUGAAAAGUCAGUGUAUUGCAGUCAUUGAUAACGGCAUUUGUUGAUGAUACAAAAACCUUAGUGCUUCCAUUGACAACGAACAAUAGAUAAGAUUUAAGUAUUUGAAUUGACAUGAAACAAAAUGAAUGUUAAACAUUUCCUAAGGGGAUAAUGAUAUGCUAACUGGAAUGAAAUGCUAGUAAAAUAUGAAUGGUUUUGGUCUAGGUAAAGAUUAUGCCCCUUACUGUUAAACGAUAACCUUUUGGUUUACGUUAUAUAAAGUAAAAAAAAUCUGAUAAAGAAAAAGCCACUAACCUUUAAAAUGACACAUUGAAAUGUUUUAGCUUUUCUUGGACCUUCUACACCUUCUACACCCUCUUCACCGACUACCGGAGCAUCAACAAACUCUUCUGGCGGUGGUGGUGGAUCCAUUAUUCCUAUUAUAGUUGGUGCCGUCGUCGGCGUUCUUGCAAUACUGAUAAUUAUUGCCAUUGCCAUCUACUGUCUCAAGUUCAAGAAAAGAUCUGACGUCUCACAUAAUGAUACAGAGAAAGAAAAACUACCAGAAGACACAAGAAAUGGCCAUAUAGUGCAUGUAGAGGAGCUGGAUGCAAACACAAACCCAGCACUAACCGUUGAACCACCAGAGAGACAUCUACUGACACCAUUACCACCAAAACCUGACACCAAUGUGACGUCACCGCGUGUGCUUCCUCCUAUAAACAAUCACAUGUAACACGUGACACUCAUUUGUAACUAAUAUAGACACGUUUGAGUCAUUAUUUUGUCUUACACUUUUUUCUACGUUUAAGUAUUCAUUCUCUUCAGUAUUUGGCUAGUUUAAGUAAAUUCUGAAGUCAAACGUUUACGAGGUCUCACACAGCAACACACCGCCUGUCAGUCUGUGUUGAUUGUAGAUAAGACAAGAAUUGAGUAGAACAAGAUGUAGAUAGCUUUGCCAAAGGUUUUGUUCUUUAGUUCUGUGAUUAGACAUUUUUUAACAUAAAUGUAUAUCCGAUUUUUGUACAGAAGAAUAAAUACGAACUACAUGUUGAAUAUAGAGACGGAUAAUACCAGCGUAUAAGAAUAUGCGAAACUAUUACAUGUGUAUAUAAUUUACAAAUGAUGUAGGCUGUGUCUUGGUCAAAAAUACUAGAAUCAAAACAGACACAACUCCCAUAAUGCAGUAUUCUUAUUGGUCAAUUUCACUGUUUAACUCUAAGACAACCAGUUAUUGAGAUGUGUUAGCGUUGAUACUAUUAGACCUCCGCAUAAAGACUUACAUGUGCCUUCCACUUUCACUUUGUCAUCUGUGUUCCCGCAUUAUCUAAUUUCACCUCACACGAGUGUUCAUUUACCUUUACUCCCAAACCAUUUUAGAAGUGAUUGUGAAGAUCGUACAAUGGCCGAUGUUAUAUGGCAGUGCUACUGGGUCUUUUGAGUGUUAUAUUUUUAAAGUGUUUUUUUUUUCGUGUGAUAUGUAUGUGAAUUAAUAUACACGCUGUACUACAUAAGGUGUUGUAUUUUUGUAGAACAGAGUACAAAAUUGUAACAGAUCUUGUCAGUUGUAUUGCAUAUUUUAUACCGAUGUAACUCAUUGCAGACUUGGAGCGGUCUUCUGCGCAUGACCGAAAGUGAUUAUCAAUUGUAGCGCACGGCAAAAAUAUGCAGGUAAAAUAAAGGUUAGGGUUAGUAUCACCAUGGUUACAAAAUAUAUACAUUUAAGGUAUUUUCGUUCAAAUUUAGUUAAUCCGGUAUGUACCGGAGUCUGUAAUUUAUACCGGCGCUCCAAGUCUGCAUUGAGUCACAGUCAUUUUAUACACAUUACAUAUUUCGAAGUAUAGCUGUCCAGAACAACAGCAUGAGAAUUUUAAUUUGAGCAAUAAAGUUCACAAUAUGAUAAAAAGUCAUGCAAUAUUAUGGAAAAUAGCAAAGCUAUACAUUUCAUAUGUGUAGAAAUCGUUAUUUAUAAACUUAUAAGAAGGAUAUAAUUUUAAAACACUUUUGCAGGCAUUGUUAAUGUAUUCCUCAAUUAGUAAGUUUGAAGUGAAGUUAGAUGAGUUUAAUGGCAUAACCAAUACUAGACCUACGAAUAUAAUAGGGUUAUUAUGAUAUUAGCAUGAUCUGGGAUGCUGUAUGCUGGGAUUUUGCCAGAUCUGGUCAAACGAGGCGCGUUAGCGUCGUGUGUGAUCCCGCCUUGCAAAAUAACCGAGAGCCGAAUACAAAAUCCCAGAUCUAGCUGCUGUUAUAAUGACCAUUUUAUUAUAUAUCUGCAUCUUUUUGUUUGUUGUUUUGUUAUCCAACGAAAUCUUCAAUGUUUAUCGAUGUUUAAAUAGAAUAUGAGAGUACUUUUUUGUGUGCGCUAUUUAUGUGUCAGUUCAUGCAUAUUAAAUGAAAGUAGUCCGGCAACAUACAUUACAAAAGGUACAAUACGUUUUUUCUGUUGUUCGCAUUAACCUGUGAAAUACAAGCCGUAUUGUGGAUAGAAUUUAUAUAGGUAUAUAAUAGAUGUUCAGUCUAUUUUAAUCAAGUGCGGUUAAUAAUAUAUGGGAUCAACAAACAUUCACAAAUAGCUUAAAAUGGCAGUUAUAUGGCAGUUAAAUACAAACUAAAGGAUUUAUUUAUAAACGCAUGGUACUCGUUAGUUGAAAAUUCUAGCAAUAGCACAUUUUACAGAUUAUUCAAAACUUCAUUUGGUCAAGAAAAAUAUCUAUCCAAUACCCCAAAGUCUCUAUUGCAUUCUAUCAUAAAAUUUCGCACGAGAAACCAUAGGUUACCUGUAGAAACAGGAAAUUGGACAAGAUUACCAUUAAACCAAAGAACAUGCAACAACUGUGAAAAUAAGUUAGGAGACGAGUUUCAUUAUCUUUUCGAGUGUAACCUGUUUUCAAAUGAACGAAAACAAUUUAUCAAACCAUAUUUCUUCAGAAAUCCAAAUGUAUUUAAAUUGGAAUAACUCAUAAAUACUGGAAAUAAAAAAGAAUUUUAAAAUUGUGCAAAUCUGUAAAAAUUAUAUUGUCACAGCUAAGAUAAAUGAUAUUUUGUAUUUUCAGCUCUGUACAUUUUAUGACUCUCCGAUGCCCGAAUGGGGCAUCAUUUAUUUAUUUAUUUAUUUAUUUAUUAUAUUGUAAUACUGACAUAUGACAUCUAGAUAUGAAAAGCGUUAUUGUGAAAACUCAUCAUAUUUUGUUAGAAUUGAAUUAUACUAUUAUUUUCUUAUGAGCCUCAAAUACAUUGUUAAAAAAUCUCACCUCAUUUAUUCAUGUAUUCAUGAAAUGAGUGAAAUAAAAGGUUUUUGACUUGA